GUAUUUGGCCAGGCUUUGGCUAUAAAUACAAACCCAUCUCUUUCUUGUCUUUAUAAACUCAUGCUGUAGUGAUCAAAGUUAACCAAACACAGCACUAACUCAUCAAUCAUCCAUUUUUAAGAAGAAAAAUAAUCUGAGAGAGGGAAAAAAAAUUAGAAAUAAUGGCAAGUGUUGAUGUAGCUGUGUUUGAGCAUGGUGAAGUUGACAAAAAGGUGCAAAACGAUGUUGUAAGUGGUUGCUGCCAUGGCAAAGGUCCAGGCUAUGCUACUCCCUUGGAAGCCAUGGCUGGGCCCAGAGAAUCUCUCCUUUAUGUUACUUGUGUUUAUACUGGAACUACGAUACAGAAGCCUGACUACUUGGCCACAGUUGAUGUGGAUCCAAACUCUCCUACAUUUUCUAAAGUUAUCCAUCGAUUGCCUGUCCCUUAUUUGGGGGAUGAGUUGCAUCAUUCAGGUUGGAAUUCCUGCAGCUCUUGCCAUGGAGUACCAUCUGCUGACAGACGUUUUCUUGUGCUUCCUUCUUUGAUAUCAGGAAGAAUUUACAUUGUAGACACCAAAAAGAAUCCAAAGGCCCCAUCAUUGCACAAAGCUGUUGAUCCUGAAGAAAUCUUGGCAAAGACUGGAUUAGCUUACCCCCACACUGCUCAUUGUCUUGGCUCUGGUGACAUCCUAAUCUCAUGCCUUGGAGGCAGUGAUGGGAAAGCUGAGGGAAAUGGGUUUCUCCUACUCGACUCUGAAUUUAAUGUGAAAGGAAGGUGGGAAAAGCCAGGACAUAGUCCUUCCUUUGGCUAUGAUUUCUGGUACCAACCACGACAUAAUACAAUGAUAAGCUCAUCAUGGGGAGCCCCCCUGGCAUUUUCUAAAGGUUUCAACCCUCAGCACGUGGCAGAGGGUCUAUAUGGAAGACACUUAUACGUAUAUAGCUGGCCUAGUGGCGAGUUAAAACAAACAUUGGACCUCGGCAAUACUGGACUUAUACCCUUGGAGAUAAGGUUCCUUCACGAUCCUUCUAAAGAUACUGGCUUUGUUGGCUGUGCACUAUCAAGUAACAUGGUUCGGUUCUUUAAGAACCCAGAUGAAUCCUGGAGCCAUGAGGUUGCAGCAUCUGUCAAACCACUAAAGGUGCAAAACUGGGUUCUACCUGAGAUGCCCGGUCUAAUAACCGACUUUUUGAUCUCCUUAGAUGAUCGGUUUAUAUACUUCUCGAACUGGCUUCAUGGAGAUAUUCGACAAUAUAACAUUGAGGAUCCAAAGAACCCCGUUUUGACUGGUCAAGUGUGGGUUGGAGGACUUAUUCGAAAGGGAAGUCCUGUUGUGGCAGAGGCUGAAGAUGGUUCAACCUUUCAGGUUGAUGUUCCAGAAGUUCAGGGCCAAAAACUGAGAGGUGGACCUCAGAUGAUACAGUUAAGUUUAGAUGGGAAACGACUUUACGUGACCAACUCCCUCUUUAGCGCAUGGGACAAUCAAUUCUAUCCUGAAUUAGCAGAGCAAGGAUCUCAUAUGUUGCAAAUUGAUGUCGAUUCCGAGAAAGGCGGCCUUGCUAUAAAUCCCAACUUCUUCGUAGAUUUUGGCUUGGAACCUGAUGGUCCUUCCCUUGCCCAUGAAAUGAGAUACCCAGGUGGUGACUGCACUUCAGAUAUAUGGAUUUGAGUUUAUAAUUAACUCAGCAAAUAAGAUUUCAUUGUGUUAAAUAAAUCUACACUAUGUUUGGAUAAUGAAAUAUACCUGAAUCCACUCACAGUGUCAGUGUUUCUGAAUAUUAACUACAGUAUACAGAUAGUUCUUUAUAACCUUUAUUGUAAUGUAUGUAUAACUCUUGAAAUGCUGGUUUGAAUAGCUACCACUGAGUUCAUGUAUAUUCUAUUUCGCUUGUGAGAGAAGUCAUCCUUACAUGGAGCUCUGUAGAAUACCAUGCACAAAUGAAUAUGUACUUCUAUUUCCCAAUGCAAAAUGACCAUGAACAUAGAUAUAUAAAAUCGAAGAAGCGAGCUUAGACAUGGAUGAUCUGAUCUAUUAUGCACAUCUAUAUCAGUGUAAUUUACAAGUUUGCUAGCUGUAUAAUAAAUAUGCAUAAUUUCGUAAUUCUUUUCUUAGCGAAACUAAAUCAUAGAUAGAAUUUGAAAACACAAGAAAGAUUCGGCACCCAUUAAAAUGAUAUUCUAGCUUCGUUCCUGCGGGCCUAGUUCAAAAGUGUAAACUCGUCUAUACCUAUCGACCUUUGUGCGGUUGUGCCUUUAUAUAUAGGCAGACCAGGUAUACGAAAUUGCUCACGGGCUUAUUGCUCGGGUAUAACUUCUUAUUACGCUUAUAUCCGAAACGACAACAAAAAUGCUCGAGAGCGCACUAAAGAAUCCGAUCCCUAUGACUCUAAGAAUGAAUCUAUCAUCAUCUGAACUAUACUUACAAAGUCAUAGCAUGAUAGCAUCAGUAUUUUAUAUUUACAUGUUGAGAUGAUGACUAUAGUUGACUUGCUAUACUCCUAAAUAUCUCUUCAUGUCCUUGAAUCGACCACAACAGUAAAGUACACCACACCUAGCAUUAUCAACUUGUCUCGAGGAAUAUAUUCAGUGCACUAUGAAAGUGGCCACUGUCCAAUUUUUAUGUCCUUUCUUUCUCUUCAUUUCUAGGAUAAUAAUGCCUAUAUAAGAGAAUAGUAGUAACAAUUUCACUUCUCAUCUCAAAAUAGAAACCCAAGAAAAAAGUGUAAUAACAAUACCCAACAAUGGAGUACUAUCAAAACUACAGGCCAUACACAGAACAAGAGUAUGACAGUAGCGCGACUCAGAUACAGUACACUGAGCACGAGCACGAGCACGAGCAGUUCAGCAAUGGCCAGGCUGAGGUUGAUCAAGAGACGAUGUUCUCAGAGCAGAAAAACUACAUUAGCUUCAACGCUAUGCGAGGCGAUCAGGCACCGUCAUCCCAGGGAAGUAACGGUCUUCAUCCGGCAAACACUUGGCGUCGUGGCCACUCCAAGUAUAACAGGUGCAGGGGAUGAUAACAGGGCAGCGCAGGAGAUAAUAAGAGAGAAUUAUUGGGACUUCAGUUUCUUCAUGGCUGCUUUUCCUAAGUCUUAGCUAGUUUCCAUGAUGAUGCAUAUUAAUGUCAUAAAUAAAACUAAGCCAUGUUCUAUGGGAUUCUGAAGUACUGUACUGCAGAUUUGUUAAGGAUAUUCAUAUCCACAUAUCCAUGCCUAAUCAAAGACUAUUUUCUUGUGAUAA